AUGCCAACCACCCGUCCCAGCACCAGAAUACAACACCGUGCCCAAUCGACACUUUGGUCUCGACGCGCAUCCAGCAAUGUUCAAGCAAGGGAACCAGCUCCUCCCAUGGCUACAGCUGCGUUUUCUCAGGCAACUUCAUCGGCUGUGACAGCUGUCUCGGAUCUCGCAGUUGCAACCGUAACAAGGAUUGCAUCUGUGGUUGCCCAGGCAGUUGUUGCGGCCAUACAGUCACCAACACUUUCUACGGUUGUUGACACCAGGGAGGUACCCCUUACUGGUCGCUCUGAGACUGGUGCCCAAGUGCAGGUGCCAGUGGCAUCAGCCUUAGAGCACCUCACAG